CUGCAGAUGCCCAACAGCAGCUCCAUCAGCCAGUUCCUCCUCCUGGCGUUGGCAGACACGCGGCAGCUGCAGCUCCUGCACUUCUGGCUCUUGCUGGGCAUCUACCUGGCUGCCCUCCUGGGCAACGGCCUCAUCAGCACAGCCGUAGCCUGCCACCACCGCCUGCACACCCCCAUGUACUUCUUCCUGCUCAACCUCGCCCUCCUCGACCUGGGCUGCAUCUCCACCACUCUCCCCAAAGCCAUGGCCAAUGCCCUCUGGGACACCAGGCACAUCUCCUAUGCUGGAUGUGUUGCACAGAUCUUUUUCUUUCUCUUUUUCAUCUCAGCAGAAUAUUCCAUUCUCACCAUCAUGUCCUAUGACCGCUAUGUUGCCAUCUGCAAGCCCCUGCACUACGGGACCUUGAUGGACAGCAGAGCUUGUGCCACCAUGGCAGCAGCUGCCUGGGGCACUGGGCUUCUCUAUUCCCUCCUGCACACUGCCAAUACAUUUUCUAUACCCCUCUGCCAAGGAAAUGUCGUGGAUCAGUUCUUCUGUGAAAUCCCCCAAAUCCUCAAGCUCUCCUGCUCAGAUGCCUAUCUCACGGAAGUUGGGAUUAUUGUGUUUAGUAUCCUUGUCUUUUUUGGGUGUUUUGUAUUCAUUGUUGUGUCCUAUGUGCAGAUCUUCAGGGCCGUGCUGAGGAUGCCCUCUGAGCAGGGACGGCACAAAGCCUUCUCCACGUGCCUCCCUCACCUGGCUGUGUUUUCCCUGUUUCUCAGCACUGCCAUGAUUGCCUAUUUGAAGCCACCCUCCAUCUCCUCCUGGGCCCUGGACCUGGUGGUGUCAUUUCUGUACUUGGUGGUGCCUCCAACACUGAACCCCCUCAUCUACAGCAUGAGGAACCAGGAGCUCAGGCAUGCAGUAAGGAAAAUGAUGCCCUGGUCACAUUUUAUCAGAAAUAAACUUCUCAUCUGUCUCUAUAAAUAUCUCACAGUCUGUUCCAUUACAGGCCUGUAUUCUGCUUUUUACUGCUUGUAAUUAUUAUAUAUAUAUAUUAAUAGAUGCAUUUUUCUUAGCUGUUCAUAUAUAUACGUGUGUGUGUAAUUAUCAUUAGUGGUUACCAUGUUCCUAAACACGUGUUUGGA